AAUUAUUGUAUUUCAUAAAUAUUUUUUUCUAGGCUUUUUUGUUUUUUUUAAAGAUAACGAAGUCUUGAUUUUUGACAAUUUAUUUUCAUAAUUCACUUCUCUGCUGAAAGAUGGCCACCACCAUAAAAGAUAUGGAUGCUGAUGCUCAAGUCACUUUUGAGGAUCAACAGAAGAUUAACAAAUUUGCAAGGAACAAUUCCAAAUUACAAGAUAUUAAAGAAGAGUUAAAAGCAAAGAAGAAAGAGUUAGAGAAUCUUGAAUUUGCUGAAGAAGAAUUGAUGAUGUUAGAAAGUGACGAUUCACUUAUUCCAUACCAAGUUGGCGAGGUUUUUAUCAGCGUAGAUUCCGACGAGACAAACAGCAUGCUGGAGAAGGCCAAACAGGCCACUCGUGAACACAUGGAGACAUUGGAAAAACGAGCGACGGAACAUAAGAAAACUCUUCAAGAUCUUAAAGUUCAACUUUAUGCAAAGUUUGGAACAAAUAUUAACUUAGAAGAAGAAGAAGAUUAGGGGUUCAUUAAUUCUCAUUUUCAUUAACUUUUGUGAUUCAGACGUUAGGACUGUACAGUACUGAUUGUCAGUUUUAAUUAACUAGGUGUUCAAGAGAUAAUUCCGUACAAAAUGAAUUGAUUUUUACUUUUAUUAACUUAC